AUGACAGUAAAGUCUUACAUAGAAAGAACCACAGGUAGUCAAGUUGAUGCUAAAAAGAAGAAGAAGCCAAAGCUUUUAAACAAGUUUGAUAAGACCAUUAAGGCUGAACUAGAUGCUGCAGAAAAACUACGUAAAAAAGGAAAAGUUGAAGAAGCUCUAAGGGCCUUUGAGGCACUAGUGAAUCAAUACCCACAGAGUCCUCGAGCAAGAUAUGGGAAAGCACAGUCUGAAGAUGACUUAGCUGAGAAAAUGAGAAGUAAUGAGAUGCUGCAAAAAGCUAUCAACACCUACGAUGAGGUGGUUAGUCUGCCAAAUGUCCCUUCAGAUCUGAUAAAACUGAGUUUAAAAAGAGAAGCAGACAGGCAGCAGUUUCUUGGUCGCAUGAGGGGUUCCCUGGUUACUCUACAGAAAUUAGUUCAGCUAUUUCCCAGUGAUACUUCGUUCAAGAAUGACCUUGGUGUUGGUUACCUCUUGAUAGGAGAUAACAGCAAUGCCAAGAAAGUAUAUGAAGAGGUUCUAAGCCUGGCUCCAAAUGAUGGCUUUGCCAAAGUACAUUAUGGCUUCAUCCUGAAGGCAGAAAACAAGAUAGCAGAGAGCAUACCCUAUCUAAAGGAAGGACUAGAGUCUGGUGACCCUGGCACAGAUGAUGGACGCUUUUAUUUUCACCUGGGUGAUGCCUUGCAGAGAAUGGGAGACAAAGGCGCAUACAAGUGGUAUGAACUUGGAUACCAAAGAGGUCACUUUGCCUCAGUUUGGCAGCGCUCCCUCUACAAUGUCAAGGGACUGAAGGCUCAGCCUUGGUGGACAGCAAGGGAAACUGGUUAUACGGAACUGGUGAAGUCCUUAGAAAAAAAUUGGAAGCUCAUUCGGGAUGAGGGGCUUGCUGUGAUGGAUAAAAAAAGCAGCCUUUUCCUGCCUGAAGAUGAGAAUCUACGAGAAAAAGGAGACUGGAGCCAGUUUACCUUAUGGCAACAAGGUAAAACAUUUUGUAUUUCUUCUCUUUCCCGUUUCACUUUCUCAGAUUAA